GGAAAGAGUUGUAAACGCAAAGCGCGUGCUGGAAAAGCAGAGGCGCGUAGAGCUGAGAGCAGCGCGAGCACCGGAGACCAGCAGGGGCAUCUCUCGUCACAACAUCCAGCCUCUCAUUCGCCCGCUCUCCAUUUAUUCGCGAUUUUUUUCGUUUUUAUCGUUGAAGCCUUAAUCGUAGGAAGCGAUAGGACCCGAGUUCCUCAGCGAGGCUUUUGUUAGCCCGUGUUGGGGGCAGUUACUGUUGCCCCUCAGCGGGGGAGCGCAUUAUCAUCUUUCGGUAAUUUGGGAGGCAAAACCGCAGCCUCUCACUUCGUGUUCGUUAAAUAUCGAUUUUAUGUGUGUUGUUGCGUAAUUUCGGAUCUAGUAAAACCAGAUUACCUGGGAUUUUUUAAAAAACACUGUCGCGGUUCUUUGUGUUGCUUCUGCUUCUUGUCCCUGUUUUCAAGCUAACGUUACCAUAAGUUCCGCACUCCGAGCUCCAAAACAUGUGCUCCCGGGUGUGGUUUAUCACAGACCGGCGGAUCAGCCAGGAGUACCCGCAGGUCCAGAUCCUGCGAGCUCUGAAGGAGCGCUGCGCCGAGGACGAUGUUGAAUUCCGCUAUCUUCUAAUGGAUGAGAUCGUCCUGACCAUCACGGAUGGACAGCUCGGUCUGCGGGUUGGGCAGGAAAUCGUUACAUCAUUCCCGCAAGUUGCUGUGGUGCGCGUUCCGACCCCAUGGGUCCAGUCGGACAGCGACAUCACUGUUCUGCGUCACCUGGAGAAGAUGGGCUGUCGUCUGGUCAACCGGCCUCAGGCCAUCCUCAACUGUGUCAACAAGUUCUGGACCUUCCAAGAACUCGCCGGACAUGGAGUGCCUCUGCCAGACACGUACUCCUACGGAGGACACGACAACUUCCGCAAGAUGAUCGAUGAAGCCGAGCCGCUGGGUUACCCUGUGGUGGUGAAGAAUGCUCGUGGACACAGAGGUAAAGCGGUGUUCCUGGCCCGGGAUAAGCACCACCUCUCAGACCUGUGUCAUCUGAUUCGCCAUGACGCCCCGUACCUGUUUCAGGAGUAUGUCAAGGAGAGCCAUGGGCGGGAUGUGCGAGUGGUUCUGGUCGGGGGGAGAGUGAUCGGAUCCAUGCUGCGCUGCUCUACCGACGGACGCAUGCAGAGCAACUGCUCACUGGGUGGGGUGGGAAUGAUGUGCCCCCUCAGUGAGCAGGGGAAGCAGCUGGCUGUGCAGGUGUGCAAUAUUUUGGGGAUGGACGUCUGUGGAGUCGACCUGCUGCAGCUAAACGACGGUUCCUUCGUGGUGUGCGAGGUCAACGCCAACGUGGGCUUCAUCGCGUUCGACCAGGCUUGUGGGAUGGACGUGGCAGGCACUGUGGCUGACUACAUCCUCUCCCUUCUUCCAAGCCGCCUCAACAGAAAGAUGUCGCUGCUUUCUGUGGUCUCCAGCACCAGCGAAACCAGCAGCGAGCCCGAGGUGUGUAUCCCGACCGAGGUGAUAAUCCCAACGGAGGUGUGUAUUCCCAAUGAGAUCUGCCCACCCGGCGCUACCUGUGCCAUCACUGACGCCGUCUCCACCAUGAGCACAAGCUCCACCUCCAGCGAGAGCGAGGUGGAUCUAACAGAAACAGGCCCCGCUCCCGUCACUGCAGAUCCUACCUACAAUAUCAACUCCCUUCUCGCGAGUGAGAUAAAACUGUUGACUGAGUGAGUUGGAAUUACAGCCACAAACACACACUUACAUAUACACACACACACACACACACACACACAUACACAAACAUCAAAGAGCGAAACAUACCGAAGUGGACAUUUUACAUACAGAUGCACACAUGUAAUCAUACUACCCCUCCCUGUAAACCCCCGUCUGAGGCUGCUCCCCUGAUGUUUCUUCUCCAUUGACAGACUAUAGAAAUAUACAAGUGUACAGUGCAGUUGGAAGUGCACUAGCUAGUGUACACUCCAGCCUGGCUGUAGUGCACCAGCUGGAUAUGUGUUUGUCACUGUAAUUUGAGGGUGCAUGCACUGUAGAGUGGUUUUACCGGGACGUGAUUCCCAAAUGUAACCUUUCAGCUACCAUCAACUGGAUUCUGAUGUACAUACUGUGGGUUAGGGUACACACAUACUGACUUACACUUAAGGACAUAUUAAAGUCUGUAUUAUAGAGAGAGAAUGAAUAAAUUUUGUCUGUUACAAA